CUUCUUCUUCUUCUUCCCGCUGCAGCCAAAAAAAAAAAAAGAGGAACCCAGCCAUGCCUUGGGAAACUAGUGAGAUAAGCUUGGUUUUCUCCUUCCUUUCUUGCUCUAGAACACACCUAGAAUCCAGAAAUUUCCCCUCCCCCUGCUGGAAAACUGGAUCUGCUAUGCUCUGCUCCUCAUCGCCGGCUGCUCCUGCUUGUGGGGGGCGAAUUGCUUGGGUUUUGGAACCCGUGAGCUUCUUCUCCAAAUUGCCGCCGGCUUCUCUUCCCCCUGCAGCUCCGGUUUUAGUUGGAAAAUUCUGGUUCCCGAUCGUUCUGUCAGUUUAGUACGUGAAUUGAGUGCUCGGUUUUAUGCGAGUGAGGUAAGUAAUUUAUGGUAAUGCCCGUGCUGUUUUAAAAGCAUGUUUUGAUUUGUUUUUGAAGUGGUGGCGGGGGCUAAACCCAUUUUACGCAAGUGUGAUUGAUUUGAAGUGAAAUGUUUUAUGGUUUUCAUUAAAUUGAGCAUGCCUACUUGGAAUUUAAGUGACUGUCCUGAUGAUUUGAAAGUGAUGAUCUGAAAGUGAUUGUGAAUCGUGAUUUUUCUGUUAACUUCUGCCUGUUUUGUCUCCGAUAUGGUCAUGUUAUUC